AAUCGUCGAAAAGCCGAUGAAGUCGAGCUCGAAGGAAAAACUUUGAAAUGAACCAACGUGAAGGAGACGAUCGGAGUUAGAGCUUGUCUAACCCAAUCCCGAGAGACCCAAUCUGCGGCGCGGAAGAAGAACGUACAAGUCAGGGAAGCAACUGACGUCCUUUCAGAGAAUGACGAGUAUCAAUGAUGAGAAGCGCGACGAUGAUGAUGACGAUGAUGAUGAUGAUGAUGACGAGAAUCGUGUCGGGAGAGGACGGUGGGGGACUGUGUUGGCGACGAGAUGUGGAGAACGACGAGGUGAUUGCGGCGCGUUCGACAGCUCGGAGCAGAGUGAGCGGAGGCGGCGUCGGCGUCGUCGCUCGGCGUCAUCGACGACGCCGACGCCGAUGCCGACGCCGCGCUCUCGGAUCCUCUCGGCUCGGCUCGGACCCGGCUCGGAUGGAAGACACGCCGAGGACGUGUGUUGGUGAAUGCGUAAUGGAGUGGUGCACACGGAACGCGCGCCGAGAAGUGCAGCGGUUCUCAAAGCGCACACCAGAUUUGAGGAAGCGAACGAGAGUGGAUGUCGCAUAGGCGAGCAUGGGAAAACGAAGCACAAAGUGACAUGCAUACGGAAUGCGCGCGAUAAUGAUGCACAAUAAUAACAAAAUCGACUGACGUAAGCAAGACAGACUGUUGUCGAUGACGCAAGCGUACACAACGAGCGAUGCCGUUUCUUGUCGAUGUCCGCCGCGCGAUCUCGCCAAAGGAGACUCGCCGAAUCCCGGGAUACUACCUCGAUAAAUGUUUCAUCAUCGAGGUCAACUCCAAAAUCAUCCAUGGUCUUUUCCGCCCUGUCCUCCCUUCAUCGAGAAACCUUAUACAAAAAGACUAUGAUAGCCAGCUCGUUUCGUGAUUGCUGAUCGAUUCCUAGAUAACACGCACGUUUAUAAAAAGACAAGAAACAUUUUUAUGUCUUUUAGAUAUCUUUUGGAAAUGUGUCAAAUACAACACAGAAGCCAUACUA